UAAAGAAAGCAGUCCACACACUACAAACUAACCUUAAACGAGUUUAAAAAUAGUAUAAAUACCAGAACGAACUUACUACAUGUGAAAUUCAAGCAACAAUACCCAUAUCAAUUACAAUAACUCACACUACACAUUCGACACACAGAUUUCAGAACCAUCAAUAUGCCUACUUCAUUGAAGAAUGUCUUGACAUCGAUCACAGAACAACUCGUCAAGGGUGGAAUGACCUCUGGCGCUGCCCAGGACAAAGCACCGCUGUUCAAAAAAGCUGCUACGCUACUGCAAGAGGAUGGCGCUUCUGAGGACUGUGAAGUGAAUGCCUACUGGGUACCCGGACGAAUUGAGGUCGUCGGCAAACACACAGACUACUGUGGAGGCCGAUCGCUCUUAGCAGCCGUAUCCAAGGGGUUCGCCGUGGUUACCCGAGACCGUGAUGACGAUAUUGUAAAGAUCAUCACCACAUUUGCCAGCGGUGAGAAGAAGGUAGCCGAGGUGCGCAUGCACAGAGACCUUGAUCCAGCUGAGGGGGAGUCCUGGGUCAACUAUCCAGCCACCACAGUCCGCCGAAUGGUUCGCAACUUUGGUAUCAAUAAGGGAAUAGAAAUCGCUAUCGGCUGCGAUCUUCCGGAGGCUUCCGGUAUGAGCACCUCGUCAGCGGUGAUCUGCUACAUGUUCAUGACACUCUCCGCAAGAAAUAACAUUGAGGAGAAUGAGACCUUCAAGAAGCACCUACCAACCACAGAGGAGCUGUACUCGUACUUGGGGUUCAUUGAAAAUGGACAGAACUGUAACGAGCUAGCCGGAGAUAAGGGUGUGGGAACAUUCGGAGGCAGUGAGGACCACACAGGUAUCAUGAGUGGACAGGCGAUGAAGCUGAACAUGUUCAGUUACUGCCCCACGGCGCAUGAGGGGGCGUUUAGUUUCCCUGAGGAGGUGACCUUUGUGAUUUGUGUGAGUGGCUGUAUAGCCGAGAAGACGGGAGCGAAGAUGGGUGAUUACAACAAUGCCGCCUUUCUGGCGCGGGAUGGAGCAAAGGCCUGGAGCAAGGCGACCGGCAAAUCUGCAGCAAACUACAAAGAAGUCAUUGUCCACACAAAGGAGGGCGGCAGUACAGGCGUCAAGGAAUCAAUUCUGGACCAAAUCGCCAAAUUUGACGAUGGCAAACAUUAUCCAGAAGACGCAGACCGCAAGUACCCUGCCGGAGCACUCACUAGAAGGUUCGACCAGUUCUACGAAGAAAACGAAGUUAUCGUUCCGGGAGUGGCUAAGGCGUUCGCAGAAGCUGACUACACGAGGCUGGCAGAGCUUACUGAUAAGUCACAGCAACUCACUGAUACGGGCCUGAUGAACCUUGUACCGGAGACGCGAGCUUUGCCUAAGUUGGCUCGAGAAAACGGUGCUUUAGCAUCCAGUGCAUUCGGGGCUGGUUUCGGUGGAAGUGUUUGGGCUCUGGUGAAGAAGUCAGAGGAAGAGAAAUUCACAAAGGCGUGGGCUGAUGCAUACUAUCAGGAGUUCCCAGAGGUGAAGGGCAGGGCGACGUUCUUCGACAUGGUACCUGGGCCUGGGGCAUUCUCUCUGUUCUAAAGGAUAGAUCCAAUAGGCUGCGAGAUGACUGCAUGCGAACAUAGUAAGUAGAACAUAGUUAAACAAAAGGAAAAUGAAAAUAAAUGACAAUCCUCUCAGAAC